AUGGAAGAAAGCAAACUGGUGGAAGUUCCGCAACCGGCCCAACUCACACUGCAGGCUAAAAAAAGCAUGGGCCGCAUAGAUACCAUAGAGAAGCAUACCACAUCUGGAGUGCGGAUUGCCACAAAGGCACCAGUGCCGGAGGGCAAUCGACGCCAGCCCCCGUUCUGGACCCCUGAGCUGGCAGACUUGGAUAAGGCAAUUGCCAGCAAGCCCCGCGCUCAAUCCAGCCAACGGCUAAAGGUUCGACGCAGAGAAAUUAUUCGCGCAGCUGCUAAUAGCCGGUGGCGAACACUCUGCUCGAAACUUGAAGCCCCCAAACGGAAACAGCUGGCAGAUCAUAAGGCGUGUAUGCGCCCCCCGCCCCCUCAGCACGCCAGCCGUCAGGGCAGAUGGGGUUGUGCUUUCUAA